GAUCGACGUUAUCCGUAGAUGGAUUCGGCAAUUCGCCAAGAAUUCGUGAAAACACACGCCAUAUACAAGAACUGCGGGGAUUCUAUGGAGACAAGAUUAAUUAGAAUGAGGAUCCUUCGUGCUUGAAAUAGAAAAACGCAACGACGCAUGUUCUCAUCCCCAACGUCUAAUCUGACGAAAAGUGUAAUAUUUUUCCAUUGUCGGCGUAACCAACGGACGAAUUUGCUGCUCGGAGUUCGUUUCGUGAUUCUUGUAAAAAGUUUCUCGCCUUGAUGUUUCGCAAAAGCUCGGACUUUUUACUAACUUUCACAGAUUAUACAUCCCGUAAUCAACAUACAGCAGUUAAACGCGUCGCUCUCGAGGAACUUUCUUAUCGAUCGCAAACACGAAACAAACUUUCUUCCAGCGCGUUUUGGAAGAGCGCGAAAUUUCCUUGAAAACGCAACGCGAGCCGUCACUUUCCUUCAUCUCUCGCUAAUGCGCCUUUGGCUAUGAACCAACAUUUUCACUUUACGCACGAUAAACGCCACGAAUGUGUAACAAAAUCUUGAAGUCAAAUUGAAAAUUAACGAGAUCUUGUUUGCGCCAGGCACAAAUUUCCGGCCGUUCUAACGGAAUCGAGAAAGGAUCGCGAACAACGUCAUCGUAGCGAAGAAAAAUGCGCAAGUUUCGUUCCACUUUAGAAUUCUCGGCGCAUCGCCGAACGACGAAAAACGAAACCAACAUAAUAAAACGACGAGUGACGUGUGCGCAAGGUGUGCUGUAAAAAAAUGACAAGAACUCUCAAACGAAGUUUCACUUCCGGAUAUCGUCAACUCUCACUUGAACGUGACCAUCACGCGAAGGGUAUGUUUACGCAACAAAAAGACCGACGAGGAGCAACGCAAAAUCGUGACAUUUCAUUAGCGACGUGUUGUGAAAAAUUACCCAAUCGGUUACGGGAGCGAAGAGUUAAAAUAGAACGUCACUUUUCCAUCCGCACAAAACGUGAUAAGAAAACCGGACGAGCUCAGUUUUACACGUUGCCGCAAUAUACAACGUUACGCGCAAAAAAAGGCGUUGAGUUAUGAACAGAAUAAAGGUUUGACGAGAAUCGUCGCAAAACCACGGCUCCAUUAGGCGCUCGUAUCGUCGCACAUGAUAGAGCGGGGCGAUACUUUUUUUGCGGAGGCGAGCAAACGUCAGACAACGAACCUUACACACACCGAAAUUUCUGAGAGCCGGAAUUUAUCCUCGUCCGCAUCCGAUGUUUCGCGAGAAACAUCGGCGACGUGCUAACACGCAAGAACGGUCUUGUCAUAAAACGAGCGAAUGUCACGACGACGCAUCAACGACAUUUUUAGUAAUCGUUAAGCGGAACGGGACGACAGGAUACGAGAACUAGAAGCAACGGCGGCGAGAUUAAACGCGAAACUGUCAUAAAGUAGGAGAAAAAUCAUCAGAGGCUUCUCUCUGUGAGAUAUAUUGUAAUAAGCAACGCGCGACCACUGAUCUCGUCCGUCUUCUAGAAAAAGAAGCGAGUCGAUACAAAAAAAGAUUGACGACGAUGACGACGAUUGUCAAAGAAAAAGGGUUACAUUGAAAAUCGGAAGCUCCAAGUAUAUCGGGAAAAAAGUGUACUCAUCUUGGGCGAAUAAACCGUGGGGACACAAUGGACCAUCAUUCAGCAACGAUCGCUCGGCGGCUCGGGAUUGAAUACUGCGGAAGGCGCUCGUGCAUGAAAUGCAAGUAGAAGUGCACUCGAACGUCGAAGCCCGGUGUUGUCGAUCGAGUCGACGUUACCGUAGCACGUAGAAUAAUCGACAAAAAAGCACACGGAGAAUCGUGCCGAUACUAUCGAUACGGCCGUGCCACUUUGGCGAAACUAAUGAAAUGGUGCGCCGCAAGAAGGUACAAUCGUUACGACGGACUCGAUAAACGAGAAAGUAAGUUCGAAUUAACGGUUUCCGGUAAUCAAUCGGUGUUCGUGAGCGCGUGACACAAGCCGGUAGAAACGAAGCGAUUCCGCCCCGUUACCGGCGCGGAUUUUUCAAUCAAGAUCGGCCGAACGGAAAAACGCGAUUUGUCGCACGCACAAUCUAUUGCGAUGGGACGCGUUGAAAUUAAAGGUUCGCAUUUGGAACAAUCAACGCGUUUUCACGGAAAAUCCACCUCGAACGAGAGACUCGGAAGUGCGUGAAGUGGAUUCUCCGCCGCGACGUCGAGAAGAUCGAUGGAUGGUCGCCGACAUUUUGACCGCGACCCAGAAACUCUUCUCGCGGACAACGCGUAGCCAAGGCGAAAAAUUCAAGCGACGAUGCUUCGAUCACGUAGUGUGUCAAGCGGAACACGAUGCAAGUCACGGUGUUACGUCGACGCGAUCGCAAAAGCUCGCGCUCAGACGGCCAGGUAUGUGCGAUCGGAAUAUGUAAGUUAUUCUCUUCGAAAGACGCUGGCUCCGUUAUAGUUUCUGACCGCAGCUAAUUUUAUUCAUCCCGCCUUCUCGAAAUUAAGCGCCGAGCGAAUAUUGCGAGUAUUCCGAGCAUUCUGAGAAUUAUUCUCCGGAAGAGAAAUGAACGCGAUAGAUGGGCGCACUUAACGAUCGAUCGAUGUACAAAGUUUCUCUAUGACGCCAUCUCGGUGUUACAAUCGUGUCAACGGUUAUCAGUUUCCCUCAGAUGUGUGCCCAGAAAGGAGAAAACGCAAGUAACGAAUUACAAACGAGGUGACGAAGAUUACACUCUUUGACCGAAGGCGCUCGAGAUCGCGUUAAGUUCGAGAUAAGAAAUAGCAGCGUGAGAAAAUUACGAACGUAAAAAUGAACAUUUUUAAACGAUAGACGAGUAAAAACAUAAAGAAAACACACACACACACACACAUACGGUAGUCUUCCGCUCCUGUAAUAAAUCAACGAGAGCCACGCAAAGAAAUGCAGAGCCUCGACGACUUGACAACGUUCGACUCCACGUCUCUCCCUUGGAACGUGUCGUCACUGUGGCUCGACAAUGAUACCUAUUACAACAGCACCAACUACACAGACUUGGAGCUGGGGGGGAAUCAAUUCGUGUUGCCGUGGUGGCGUCAGAUGAUCUGGACGCUUCUGUUUACUGGUAUGAUCAUCGUGGCGACCGGCGGCAAUCUGAUAGUGAUAUGGAUUGUGUUGGCGCACAGGCGGAUGCGUACCGUCACCAACUAUUUCUUGGUAAACCUGAGCAUCGCAGACGCCAUGGUAUCCACCUUGAAUGUCACCUUCAAUUACAUCUACAUGCUCAACAGCCACUGGCCCUUUGGCACGCUCUACUGCAAGAUUUGCCAGUUCAUCGCGGUUCUUACGAUAUGCGCCAGCGUCUUCACUCUGAUGGCGAUAUCUAUCGAUCGAUACAUGGCCAUCGUGAAUCCUUUGAAACCACGUAUGGGAAAAAAGGCGACUCUGUGUGUGGCGAUCGUUAUUUGGAUCGUCAGUGCGAUACUUUCCCUGCCGAUGCUGAUUUUCUACACAACUUACACCCACAUCUUCGUGAACGGCGAGGUCCGUGUUAUUUGCUACAGCGACUGGCCGCACAGAAACGAGAAUGGACACAGUUACGACGAAUAUUUGUACAACGUUAUCUUCAUGAUAUUGACGUACUUUUUGCCGAUUGGAUCUAUGACGUUCACGUACGCCCGAGUCGGCCUGGAAUUGUGGGGCUCCCAAAGUAUCGGGGAAGCUACAGCUAGACAGCUCGAGAACAUACGGAGCAAACGAAGGGUCGUAAAAAUGAUGAUGGUUGUAGUGGUAAUAUUUGCAGUUUGCUGGCUUCCGUUUCACGUGUACUUCAUAGUUGUGUCUUACGUACCGGAAAUUACAAACAAACCGUACAUUCAGGAGGUCUUUUUGGGUAUAUAUUGGUUGGCAAUGUCCAACAGCAUGUACAACCCUAUAAUUUAUUGUUGGAUGAAUACUAGAUUUCGCCGUGGAUUCGCUCAGGUCUUCUCCUGGUGUCCGUGGGUGCGGGUGACGACUGAGCCGUCUUUGUCACGUUCAGAGGCUGUGACGUCCCGAUACAGCUGUACCGGUAGCCCGGACAUGCAUGCCAGAAUAUCGCGGAACGGUACGUCCACGUGCACUCUUUCGGAAGAGCACACUUGUAGCACCGUUUCCACAACGCCUAGGAGCGAGUCGCAUCUAGAAGACGCUAACUCGGCUGAGGAGAAAAACGCGCGAACUUCCUCCAUAUGCUUACGCACAUUGGCCCCCAUAUUAGUCGCCGACGACGGUAAUUCGUACGAAGAAAGCACCUUGCAGUGACUUCCCGCAAAAAAUUCGAUAUCGAUCAUGAUCGAUUUCACGAGCAUCGGAAGAUUAGCACGCCCGUUUCUUCGUCAGACGCGUUUAACGUUAAAUAAAUACUAUAAUUCUUGUCUGAUAUAAAAAAACUAAAACUAUUUCUGACGUAAACUUGCAAUUUGCUCGCAAUUCGAUUAAGAUAGUAAUAAAAAUCGAAUAUACAUUUACUCGAAUGUGUACACAAUAUAUACGGAUUGUUUCGUAUAGCGUGGUUAAAUAUCGAUCUCGAGGGAAGUCUGAACGAAAGGUAAUAAACGCGAAGUAAACACGAUAGAGACUGAACUAUGAUUGCGUGUUUUU